ACUCUGUUUCAUCUUUCCAUGGCGGACAAUAUCCUUUCAUUUCUCUUCCUCUUUCGCCAAUACAUCCAACGUUUCUCCCUUUCUUCUUUUUCUUGCCCCUAUUGCUUCUUUCCUUCCCUUUUUUUCCCUUCUUCACGACUUCACGACUUAACGUCUUCACCCACCCUUCUGUUUCUUUCUGCCGCUCUGCCGGUGACUACCAAGUUAAUACAUAUUUAAAGAAAAAAAGAUAAAUAAAAAUAAAUCGCCGGUUUGAACCGGCGGUUUACGGUUCGGAGAAAAAUCGAACCGAAACCAAACCGUAAUAAAACGUUCGAUUUCAGUUCGAUGGUGGUUCCGGUUCAGGCCGGAAUCGCCGGUUUGUAACCGUCAAACCGGCGGUUCCAACUGCGGGUUCGAAACCGAUUGGGCAGGUCCAUUGACAAUACCGAUCGACCGAUUCAACUGUAACGGCACGGUUGCAAGUUUUUCUCUUUGUUCGGAAGUAGUCCUGGCUCAACGGAUUUGAUUUGCUCUGAACCACCAAAUGUAGAUUGAUGAGAUUCGCAAUUGGAAAUGAACGCGGAAAAAGCGUCGUCGUGUAAUUUCGUCGUGAAUUUCCUGCUGGAAGAGAAUUACUUGCUGUCUGCUUUCGAGCUUUUCCACGAGCUCCUCGAAGAUGGACGGGAUAAUCAGGCUAUUCGACUUAAAGAGUUUUUCUCUGAUCCAACUCACUUUCCUCAUGACCAGAUCUCCCGCUUCAGCUCCUCCCUCCGAGACCCCCAGAGUUUGCUUGAUGAAAAAGUUUUGGUUGAAGACAAAUUGGCUGUCGCAGAAUAUGAGCUUCGCUUAGCCCAAGAAGACAUUCUUAAGCUCGAGGCUGAGGUGCAAAAGAAAACUGACUCCCUCUGCAUUAAUGAAUCAUGUGUGCCGAAUGCGGAAGCCUCCAUGGAAAAUGGUCCAUCAGUUAAUCAACCAGUGAAGAGGAAUAUAUCCUUCUCUGAUUUGGGGCAUCUGAAGGAUAGCGAACGAUUGGAUAUUAACUGUGCAGUGAAGGAGUAUUUGGUAUCAGCUGGUUACCGCUUGACUGCAAUGACAUUUUAUGAGGAGGUAACUGACCAGGAUUUGGAUGCAAGGCGAAAUUCACCUGCAUGCAUGCCAGAUGCUCUGCGACAAUAUUAUUACCAUUAUAUUUCUUCUACUGCAGAAGCUGCAGAGGAGAAAAUAGCAACACUUCGGGAAAAUGGGAAGCUAAAAAAGGAGAAACAGUGUUUGUUGAAGAGCAAGGAAGCAUCCUAUACCCAAAUAACGACACUGACAAAAUCACUGGAGGCUCUGAAGAAAGAAGUGAAGAACAAAGACAAUAAAGUCCAAAGCUUGAAGAAGACUUUGAAGAGCCAAAGACAAGAACUGAACGAUUGCAGAGCAGAGAUAACUUCACUUAAAAUGUAUAUUGAAGGAUCUCGAUCUGGAAAGCCUUUGUUACCUGACUCAGCACAAGUACAAUCAGCGUCUCUAGAAAGUCAGAAUGAAGAAAUGAAGAAUGCUCAGAAUGAAACAGAGAUACUGAAAACAAAAGAUUCCAUGAAUGUGGAGCUUAAUGGAGAGGAAAAGAAUGAAGGAGAAGUACGUGAUGGGGAAAAUCCAAAUGUAAGCGACUCUGGUUCAAUGCCCGAUUCACUAAGAGUGGGUACCAAAGUGAGUGAGAAGCAGGUUCAUGAGGAAACAAGUAGUCCACCUGAUCAGAGGAGUCCGUCUGAGAAAGUGGAGGAGCCUCUAACACCUCUAACACCUGGAGAUGAAAUUGGAAGCAGUGAAAAUUAUCUGAAGAGAAAUGGGACACCUUCCCUGGAAAAUUAUAGCCAAAGUAUUAAGUCAGAAAGUGUUGUUACAGAGCUCAGUACUGAAAAUAUGGGUUUGGGAACCAUUCAAAUACUUGCAAAUGCAUUGCCUAAAAUUGUACCCUAUGUUCUUAUCAACCAUCGCGAGGAGCUUCUUCCUCUGAUUAUGUGCGCUAUUGAGCGACAUCCCGACAGUGCCACUCGUGAUUCCUUGACACACACGCUGUUUAAUUUAAUAAAACGUCCUGAUGAGCAGCAGAGACGUAUUAUAAUGAAUGCUUGCGUUACUCUUGCUAAGAAUAUAGGAGAGCUAAGAACAGAAACAGAAUUGUUGCCUCAGUGUUGGGAACAAGUCAAUCAUAUUUAUGAAGAGCGUAGGGUGCUUGUCGCUCAAUCAUGUGGUGAGAUUGCAGAAUUUGUGCGGCCCGAGAUUCGUGAUUCCCUCAUCCUUUCCAUCAUGCAGCAGCUCAUUGAGGAUUCUGCUACAGUUGUUAGGGAAGCUUCAGCUCAUAAUUUGGCAUUGUUGCUGCCUCUCUUCCCAAAUACCGAAAAAUAUUUCAAGGUUGAGGAGAUGAUGUUCCAGUUGGUUUGUGAUCCUGCUCGUACAGUUUCUGAAACUACAAUGAAGGACUUGGUUCCAGCUCUAAUAAACUGGGGAAACGAGUUGGAUCAUAUAUUGCAAGUUAUCAUGUCCCGUAUUCUGGGUUCUAGUCGGUGUUGCCCGCCUCUUUCAGGGGUUGAAGGUUCCAUUGAGUUCCAUUUUCGUGCUUUAGGUGAAAGACAGCGCUGGACGGUUGAAGUUCUUUUGCGGCUGCUUUCUGCAUUGCUGGGACAUGUUUACAAUAAUGUUGUCGACACUUGUCCUUUUGCAUCAGUUUUAGAUUCUGCUGGAAAAGCAUUGAGUCCACCUCUACUUGAACUCUAUUCAGGGGGGGAUAACGAAUGGCUUGCAUUCGAGUGGUUGCACAAUGAGUGCUUUCCUGGCUUGAUUCAAUUGGCUUCUCUCUUGUCUCCAAAGGAAGACAAUUUAAGACAUUUCAUAGCAAGAUUUUUGUUGGCGGUAACUACACAGUUUGGGGAAUCUUAUUUAACACACAUCAUGCUGCCAGUGUUUUUAGUAGCUGUGGGCAAUGAUGCUGACUUGAAAUUCUUUCCUAUCAACUCUCACCCGAAAAUUAGAGAUUUGAAGCCACACACUACAGUAGGUCAAAGAGUUGCUACUGUAUGCAUCCUACCUCUUCUCCUUGCAGGUGUUCUCGGAUACCCGAGCCAGGCUGAACACUUGACAGAGUACUUGAAGAAUCUGCUGCUUCAAAGUUGCGCGCAGAACGAUCAGCUGGCAAAGCAGGAUAUUAUGAACUCUCUGCAUUUCUUGUGUACUUUUGAAGAACACCACAACACCAUGAUUAAUAUCCUUUGGGAAAUGGUUGCGGGCACUGAAGCAAACUUCAAAAUCUAUGCUGCCGAUCUUUCAAAAAUCUUGGUAUCAUAUAUUGAAGCAAAAAUGGCCUCUAUUCAUGUUAUACCGGCUCUUGUAACUCUUGGCUCGGAUCAAAACUUGGACGUGAAAUAUGCAAGCAUCAUUGCUUUCGGAGCUGUUGCACAACAUUAUAAGAAUGACAUGAUUGUCGAUAAGAUAUGCAUUCAGAUGGAUGCUUUUCUUGAAGACGGCUCACAUGAAGCAACCAUCGCUGUAGUCCGCGCCCUGUCUGCAUCCGUACCUUACACAACUGAUAAACUCCGGAAUUAUCUCUUGUCCAAGAUUUUCCAUCUCACAACAUCUCGGCCAUACUCUUCAAUGGAUCUACAACGCCAACGUGAGAUGGUGAAUGCCUUCUGCCAAGCAAUCCGUGCUCUCGACGCCACAGAUCUUCCUUCUUCUGCUAGUCUGAAGGACUUGCUGAUCCCCACUAUUCAGAACCUACUUAAAGAUGGCGAUGCACUUGAUCCCGCACACAAAGAAGCACUGGAGGUGAUGCUGAGGGAACGAUCCUUGGGCACACUAGACCCUGCUGCGACCACUAAGGUUCCUAUGGGGUUGGCUUCUCACUUGAGCAGUUUCUUCGGUGAAAGUGGAUUGCUCGCAAAGACAGACAGUGGUGGUGGUAGCGGUGAUCCCGGAGCUCCACCAUCGGACAUUAACUCUAACUCGCUUUCACCAACACCAGUGGAAGACACCCGAUUCAGGCGGAUAAUGCGUGGUAGCUUCAGCGACAUGCUUCGGUCUAAACAGUGAAGUGAUCUGUCUGCAUAACACUCCAACUCCAACUCCAACUCUUGCUCUUGCUUCUUGGAUUAGGGUAUGAUCGUAAUCAGUUGGUCCGCAUGGCAUGGCAUGGCAUGGGGACUUAUUCUUUAGGUUGCUGAACCGGCUUCAACGUUUCUGCUUAUGCUCCAAGAACAUGAGAGAAAAAUUCCAGUUUUAUAGAAACAACCACAAGAGGUAAGGUACGACUCUUCUUUUUUUAUUAAGUUUUGACUCAGUUUCAUAUUGUUUCCCUCUUUUCUAGUUUCAAAUUCUUUUGCAAUAAACCUUA